CUCAAUCUCAAAUCUCGACCUGUUCCAGCAUCACUGCACACAGCGAGUCUUUCUCACCUCCAGGUCCCACUCAGCGCACCCGGCGUGCAAGUCACCGCAUGUCUAUCGCUCCGGACUCCAAGCCAUCAUCGUUUCUGUGGCAGACAGACUGGCUGGCGUAACGACGAGCCCGCUGACCGUCUUCAGCAAGCGUCGCCCCCACAGUCAUGGCCUCCAUAACCGCCCUCUAAGCUGGUGCACUGUUGACCUUGGCCAGCUCAACGGCCCCCGCCGCCAUGCCAGCCAUGGCCUUGAGUGUCCCUCCAGGCGGCAGCACAGAUCAAGCAGCUGCACUGCAACCUUCUCGAUCGUUGCCCACAAGACAGGUGGUGGACAGCAACAUCGAGGAUGUCUUUGUCAGCUUCAUCCUCUACUGCAAUCCCGCAGUCCCCGCAGAAUCGUCGACAGAGGCACUGCGCGAGGCCUUCCGCAGCCUCCCCAAAAGCGGCGGCAAGGCCUUCAGUGCUUUCGCCCUGUUCGAGCUCGUCAAGAAACUCACGGCCAAGGAGCUCAAAACCUGGGCCGAAGUGGUUAUUAAGCUGGGGGUCGACCCUCCAGAUGUAGACAAGGGCGAGAGCGUCCAGAAGAUCCAGCAGUACGCUGUGAGACUCAAGCGCUGGAUGCACGCCCUCCAUGUCGAUGCGUUCUUUGACUUCCUCAUCGGUAUUGAGCACGUCUACUGGGUCCAAGUCCCUUUCACGUCAAAUCCAAUCGCCGAGGACGGCCGGGAUGGCGUCGCCGCGGAGGAUGACAUGGCACUUCGUGCCCUGCUCCCGCAUAUCAAACCCAAGCGGGGCAGGAGGAAGCCAGAGGAUGACUUGAGCAAAUCGCCUGCACAGAGAGCUCGGCUGCGCUCGCCCAGUGUUCUUGAUCAUCCGAGAAAUGUCGAUCCGUGGACUGCCCACCCAGACACCGCGCGGUCGUUCGUCUUCCCGCCAGUGCAGUCAGACAGACAAAACCCCAUGCAAGUGCCCCAGUCAGCAUAUCCAUGGCAUGGGGAUGCGCCAAUGUCUGCAUUUCCACAGUCAGCCUUAGGCCCAGGGACAACAUUCUGGGGAGAUCCUACAGAACCACAGUCGGCCAUAACACCAUCGAGAUCGCGAGCCAACCCACGCCGCCAUGGUGCAAAGGUGGUGUCAUCGGCUUGGAGAAACAGCAUGAACGCCAGUGGCAGAGGCCGAGGACGCCCUCCCACUAAUAGUAAGCCGUCAGAGCCCAUGUCUGCGCAUCCCGACCUGAUGCGUAGCUAUCCCGGCAGCUCUCCGGACGAGCAAAAGAUACUCGCCCAGUCACCACCAGCAUUGGCUUCUGUCGAGGAGUUCUCGCCCGUUUCGGAGGAGGUUCCACCACCAGCACUUCUGCCAACGAACGAAUUACAAGGCCCAGGCCCACAAGCCACAAGGCCUACGCGACCAAACCGUCUCUCACUACAGGUGCCCGAGAGGCAAGGCGGUUCGGUUCGCUUAGCGACGCCACCUGCCCCUGCGCCCCCCGUUGUGAUCACACCACCGCCCGUCUUCAGCCAACCAAGCAGGAGCAUCUCACACGCAAGACAGCGUUCGCUGCAGAAUGGGACUCAGUAUCAACCGCAAAAUCAUAUGACAGGGCGCUUUGGCAUGUCCCCGAAAGCCCAAUACCGCAGUCUGAAUACGGGACAGAUAGCUCCGAAUGGGGCAAGGCGGCCAUCGCCUUCCAGUUCGUUGAUCUCGGCAAGGUAUGAGUCCAUUCCACGUAUGGCUCCGGCAGGCCAUAAGAAUGUGGGUUCGACCAGCUCAGAGAGAGACAACACAAAUUGUGAUGGAGUAGAGUCACUCCUCAUGAUGCGCUUUCUCACUGCUGCAUGGAUAGAUCCAGAAGGUCAGCCUACUGCUACGCCAGAAGACAUGGAGGAAGUUCGGGCCCUCGUGUCUGCCAUCAUCAGCGGCCUGCGUCGGCGCGCACCCAGCGGUGAAGCAUUUUUGAUGAAUUUAUCUGGCCUCUUGGUUGGCAGCUGGGCCGGUGGCAUAGGACAGACCGGCCUGCUUGCAAACAACGACGGUGCCGCAACAACAAGCACAAAUGGUCAUCAGUCAGCAGUCAAGCGGAAAUCCGGCUUGACAAUACAGAAGCUCGAAGUAGCCACCGACUACACACGAUAUGAAUGUCGGUGGGAAAUGAAGUACGGAGACAUUGUCGGCCACUUUUCGCACGACGACGUCAUACCUCACUCGAGGUGGAAGAGAGGCUACAUGCGCGACCAGUCGCAGCAACUAGACGGCCGUCGAGCAAGCAUUGCUAGCGGUGGCAGCGAGACGGCUGCCGAUUCUGAAGACGGGUCAAAUGCUGUGGCAGGCGCAGCUGCGGCCGCGGAGUUCUGGAAGAAGAAGUUUGCGACACUCGCGCAGACUGUGGCAGCCAUGGAGCAGUCGCCUUGACGAUAGCGAAGAUUAUACGGACGAAGCGGUUCCAAGGCGCGGCGACAACGCCGCAAGAGUUAUCUGGAUGGUUUCAUGUACUGUGAUUACAAAGACUUGUGUUUUAUAUACCCGGGGAGUAUUUUUAUGCAGCACAAGCGAUAGAGAGCACGCAUUUGUGUCCGCUCAUGCAGGACGGCUCGGGAACUGCUCACACUUAGAUCAUAUGUGACUUGACCAAUCCGUG